AGCGGUCACACUCAAGUCCCAACAAUAGGAAGCAGCAGAAGAUGAUAGGAGGGUCAGCGUGACUGCGUGAGCGGCCGUGGUCAGACACGAGACGCGGUCCAAGAGUCCCGCAGCCGCAGGGCCCAACUAAUCGGCCGUCAGUCCUUUGUCCCCCACCUGCUCAGUGCAUAAUCAACGGGCCCUACCCGCGUCUCUUCUUGCCUCGCCUGCUGCUGCUCGCUCCUGCCGCGACGGCCGCCGGCGACCCUCCCGGCACCCGUGUAGCUGGUUGGCCCUUCGGCAUCGCCGUCCGCGCGCCGGUCAACCGCUCCGCGCUCGUGCUCCCCUUCCCUCCCCACCAACUAUACCAGCACCUAUAGAUCCAGCUCGGCACGGCAGCUUAAGACCAGUCUCCCUCUGCUUCCUCCCUCCCUUGUCCCUUGUCCCUUCCUUGUUUCUUCGCCUGGCGUUCCCGUUCCCUGCCACCUCGCCCGCUCUCCUCCCCCUCUCUCGACCACCUCCUCGGGAGUAGAGGGGGGCUGCUCUGGGCGUGGUGCGGCCCCCAGAUCUGGGCCGGCGGGCGGAGGGCGGGAUGAAGUCGUCGCUGAGAAGCCGGCAGGAGUCGCGGCGGGUCAGCAACGGCGUCAUCAUCGGCGCCAUGCUGCUGUCCCUCUGCGUCCUCAGUUUCGUCAAGGCCAGAUACUGCGCCACCCCCCUCGGCAAGGCCGAGGACCAGCUCGAGGAGCAGAUGAACGCCAGCAUCCGGAUGGAGCCGGAGGAGUCGUCGCCGGCCAGGACGCCCGGAGAGGAGGAGGACGAGCAGGAAGCGGAAGAAGAGAAUGUGGUGACCAAGCCGCCGCCUCCGCCGCCGGCCGUCACGGCUAACAGGGGCAGCAAGAAGAAGAAGGGCAAGGGCAAGCCGACGUGCUACAUGACGAGCAAGCGGUCGGAGCGGUGCGACGCGUCCGGCGACAUCCGGGUGGACGGGAACCGCUCCACCAUCUACGUCGGCGGGAUAGAGAGGGAGUGGAGGACGAAGCCGUACGCGCGCUACCACGACCCCGUGGCCAUGGCCCACGUCCGCGAGUACACGCUGAAGGCGCUCCCGGAGCCGGGGGCGGCGGCGGCGCCCGCGUGCACCAGGAACCACAGCGUCCCCGGCUUCCUCUUCUCCAACGGCGGGUUCUCCGGCAACCUGUACCACGACUACACGGACGUGCUGGUGCCGCUGUUCAUCAGCACGCACCAGUUCCGUGGGCGCGUGCAGUUCCUGGUGAGCGGGAUGAAGCCGUGGUGGGUGGGCAAGUUCACGCCCUUCUUCCGGCAGCUCACGCGGCACGACGUGAUCGACGUGGACAAGGACGGGGAGGUGCACUGCUUCCCGCGGAUCGUGGUGGGCGCCACCUUCCACAGGGACAUGGGCGUGGACCCGCGGCGCGCGCCGGGCCACGUCUCCGCGGUGGACUUCAAGCGCGCCCUGCGCGCCGCCUUCGGGCUGAAGCGCGAGGCGGCGUCCCGCGGCGGCGGCGGCGGCGCCACGGGGGACGGGAAACCGCGGCUGCUCAUCAUCUCCCGGCGUGGGUCGCGCCGGUUCCUGAACUCGCGGGAGAUGGCGGUCGCCGCGGGCGACGCCGGGUUCGAGGUGCGGGUGGCGGAGCCCGACCAGCGCACGGACAUGGCGGCGUUCGCGGCGCUGGUGAACUCCGCGGACGCCAUGGUGGGCGUGCACGGCGCCGGGCUGACCAACAUGGUGUUCCUGCCCCGCGGCGCCGUGCUGGUCCAGGUGGUGCCGUUCGGCGGGCUGGAGUGGCUGACGGGCGUCACGUUCAAGGAGCCCGCGGCGGACAUGGAGGUGAGCUACAUGGACUACCACGUGCGGCUGGAGGAGAGCUCGCUGGUGGACCAGUACCCGAGGGGCCACCAGGUGCUCACCGACCCCUACGCCGUGCACCGGCAGGGGUGGGACGCGCUCAAGACGGCGUAUCUGGACAAGCAGAACAUCCGGAUGGAUCUCGACAGGUUCAGGGCCACGCUGCGGGAGGUCAUGGCCCGGUUGCCGUCUCCAUGACCGGCCGGCGGCCGCCGUCAGCUCCAACCGCCCAACCGUCCGGUCUGGAGGUAGAUAGGUUGGUGUAUCUAAAUCUGUCGUCCCCGCUGCAUGCUCAAACUAGCUUAAUCUUCCUUCCUUUUUUUCCUUCCUUUUUUUUAACUAGCAAGAUUCUUUCGAUCCCUCCAUUGUUUUGCUGUGUUAUUACUGCUACAUAAGGAACCUCAUGGGAAAACGAUGAGCAAGCAAAGCAAGAAGACCAAGCUGUCGCUUUUAAAAAAAAAAUAAAAAAAAAUGUAUACAGUGAGAGAGAGAGAGAGCAGGGCCAGCUGAAUCUAGCACAGAUGUCGAUCUGUUAAUUUGUACUAGUAUACAGCAACCCUUUUUUUUUGUGAUUAUUGGUUACUCAUGUAGUCAUGUGUGUAUCAGUGUGUGGAUGGAUGCCAAGAUGUAAAGAACUCUAGCAAGGACCAUGAGACUUAUGAUUAGGUCAUCUCCGACCUCACCCA